GCGACAUUUCACAGGGUACAGUUGCUACGGACAACAGCAGGGAAGCUUCAUCCUCCAUGCUACAUCCUGUGCAAAACUCAGCGAAACAUUGGCUGUCUCACAGUUGUUUAAACAGGCGUUCGUAAGGAUACCAUGUUUAUCUACCUCAGCAAAAAGAUUGCCAUCCCCAACAGUAUUCACUUAAAAUGUGUCUCCUGGAACAAAGACCAAGGGUUCAUUGCCUGUGGAGGUGACGACGGUCUCCUAAAAGUGCUCAAACUUGAAACUCAGACAGAUGAUGCCAAGCUUAAAGGACUUGCUGCGCCCAGCAAUUUGUCAAUGAACCAGACACUGGGGGGACACAGUGGUGCAGUCCAAGUGGUCACAUGGAACGAACAAUAUGAAAAACUGACAACAAGUGACCAGAACGGACUGAUCAUUGUAUGGAUGCUCCACAAAGGUGCAUGGUAUGAGGAGAUGAUUAACAACAGAAACAAGUCUGUGGUGAGGAGCAUGAGUUGGAAUGCUGAUGGUCAAAAGAUAUGCAUCGUCUAUGAAGAUGGGGCAGUCAUUGUUGGAUCAGUCGAUGGUAACCGGAUUUGGGGAAAGGAGCUGAAAGGAAAUCAGUUGGCUCAUGUGGCAUGGUCUCCAGACAGCAAAAUCCUGCUCUUCGGCAUGGCCAAUGGGGAAGUUCAAAUCUUUGAUAAUCAUGGCAAUUUCAUAAUGAAAUUGACCAUCAGCUGCCUAACUAAUGUGACUGGAGCUGUCAGGAUAGCUGGAAUCCAAUGGUACGCAGGAACAGGCGGUUAUGUAGAACCCGACUGCCCGUGUCUUGCUAUUUGUUUUCAGAAUGGAAGAUGUCAAAUUAUGCGUUACGAAACCGAUGAAAAUCCAGUAUGCAUUGACACUUUGAUGAAUGUCGUCAGCAUUCAGUGGAAUCAUUGUGGUAGUGUGAUGGCGGUGGCUGGUUCCCUCAGAGCAUUGAAUUCAGAUGUAGAAAUCAAUGUGGUGCAGUUCUACACACCUUUUGGAGAGCACUUGAGAACCUUGAAAGUGCCUGGGAAGCAGAUGACGGGAGUUGCCUGGGAAGGUGGAGGUUUGCGAAUCAGCUUGGCUGUCGACUCCUACAUCUAUUUUGCAAACAUCAGACCAGAUUACAAGUGGGGAUACUGUUGCAGCACAGUGGUGUACGCCUUCACUAAGCCAGAGCGUCAAGAUUACUGUGUGAUCUUCUGGGAUACUAAGAACAAUGAAAAGUUUGUCAAGUAUGUCAAGAGCCUCAUGUCUAUUACCACCUCAGGGGACUUCUGUACUCUGGCUAGCAAGGCUGAUGACACCCAGCCACAGGUAAAUGCUGAGUUUGAGUCUGGGAGUCAUGCAAAGUAUGUCCUGAUUCUGUGCAACUCAAUUGGGACUCCAUUGGACUCAAAGUACAUCGACAUAAGUCCACUUUUUGUCACCAUGACCAGGACGCAUGUGAUUGCUGCAUCUAAAGAGGCUUUCUACUUGUGGCAGUACAGAGUGGCCAAUAAAUUAACUGCUUUGGAGAUUAACCAAGUGACCAGAACAAAGAAGGAGGGAAGGGAGAGGGUGUAUCACAUUGACAGCAGUCCAAAUGGAGUCAAUGACAAUGGAACAGACUUCACAAAUGCUUUCACAGCAACAAGAGAUCCUAUCUGCUGUAUUACAGCCACAGAUAAAACAUUGGUUGUGGGCCGUGAAUCGGGUAUCAUCCACCGAUAUAGCCUUCCAAAUGUUAUUCUCAUCCAGAGAUACACAAUGAACAGAGCCCACCAUCUCUCUUUAAACUGCAACUCCAGUCGUCUGGCCAUUAUCGACAUCUCAGGUGUGCUGACUUUGUUGGACAUGGAAGUUCAUGCAUCCUCAGGUGAUGCCACAGGUAGUCAGGCAUCGAUAGGGGAUCCAUCGAAGUUUGAACGUAAGGACGUUUGGGACAUGAAGUGGGCAAAAGACAACCCUGAUCUGUUUUCCAUGAUGGAGAAGACAAGGAUGUAUGUCUUCAGGAACCUAGACCCAGAAGAACCCAUCCAAACAUCAGGAUAUAUAUGCAACUUUGAGGACCUUGAAAUCAAAUCUGUCCUGCUUGAUGAAAUCAUGAAGGACCCAGAGAGGCCUAAUAAAGACAACCUGAUCAACUUUGAAAUCCGUUCCUUGAGAGACAGCCGUGCUCUCAUUGAAAAAGUGGGAAUCACAGAUGCUUCACAGUUCAUUGAGGACAAUCCCCACCCGAGACUCUGGCGACUGCUCGCUGAGGCAGCCCUCCAAAAACUAGACUUGAAAACAGCUGAGCAGGCAUUUGUCCGCUGCAAAGAUAACCAGGGCAUAGAGUUUGUCAAGCGCCUGGGUAACCUGCAGAGCGAGCCCAUGAAGCAGGCAGAGGUGGCAGCCUACUUCAGCAGGUUUGAAGAAGCCGAGAGGAUGUACUUGGACAUGGACCGCAGGGAUCUCGCGAUUAGCCUUCGGAUGAAGCUUGGAGACUGGUUCAGGGUGCUCCAGCUGUUGAAAACUGGUUCUGGGGACUGUGAUGAUGCUCUAUUGGAGCAGGCUUACAAUGCAAUUGGAGACUACUUUGCUGACAGACAGAAGUGGGUCAAUGCGGUGCAAUACUACCUUCAGGGCCGCCACCAGGAGAAGCUGGCAGAAUGUUACUACAUGUUGGAGGACUACGAUGACCUUGAGAAGCUCACCAAUUCCCUCCCAGAAAACCAUAAACUUUUGCCAGAGAUUGGGCAGAUGUUUACCACUGUGGGCAUGUGCGAACAGGCUGUGAACGCCUACCUUAAGUGUAACCAGCCCAAAGCUGCUGUUGACACAUGUGUCCAUCUAAACCAGUGGAGCAAAGCAGUGGAACUUGCCAGGACUCACAACAUGAAGGAGAUUAAGCCUCUUCUUUCCAAGUAUGCAUCACAUCUCCUUGAGAAGAACAACAUUUUGGAGGCGGUGGAAUUGUAUCAGAAAGCUCACCAUUUCCUUGAUGCUGCCAAACUCAUAUUUAAGAUAGCAGACGAGGAGGCCAAGAAAAGGACUCGGCCGCAGCGGGUGAAGAAAUUGUAUGUGCUGGCUGCUCGACUUGUGGAAAAUCAUCAUGAGCAGAAGAAGACGUCGCAGCAGAGUAAAACAAAAGGGAAGAAGUCAGAGGCAACAUUUGCACUCGCUGGACUUCUUGAGGAAGACGCAACAUCUUCUGACAAUCAUGUUCUGGACAAUGCGUGGCGAGGAGCUGAAGCGUAUCACUUCUUCUUGCUUGCUCAAAGGCAACUCUAUGAAGGUUACACGGAGAAUGCCAUGCACACGGCCCUUCACCUCCGUGAGUAUGAGGACAUCAUCCCCGCGGUGGAGAUCUACUCUCUUCUUGCUAUCUGUUCAGCAGCCAGCAUGGCCUUUGGCACCUGCUCACAGGCCUUCAUCAAGCUGGAGUCUCUAGAGAGUCUGGACCGGGAGCAGCGGCUGCUGUAUGAAGAUCUGGCCAUGGAGAUCUUCACCAAGCAUGCACCAAAAGACAGCCGCAAGCUAGACGCUGCAUCGGAAGGGGUGGUGGAAAAGUUACCCACCUGCAUCGUGACGGGUCUGCCCAUCCAGGACUACCACUUUUGGAUGUGCAGCGAGUGCAAGCACUGUGCUCAAAGCCAUGAGAUCAGCAAAUAUAACUACUGCCCGCUUUGUCACAGUCCGUUCUGGGAAGUGAUCAGUGACGAGCAUGGCAUUGAUCCGACUGGGACGUACCACGGAGACAGCGACCUGCAGCUGGACAGGAUCAACGUUUACUACAAUGAAGCCACAGGAGGUAAAUAUGUGCCCCGUGCUGUUCUUGUGGACUUGGAACCAGGCACCAUGGACUCUGUGAGAUCCGGAGCUUUUGGGCAGAUAUUCCGACCUGACAAUUUUGUGUUUGGUCAGAGCGGUGCUGGUAACAACUGGGCCAAGGGUCAUUACACCGAGGGAGCUGAGGUGGUCGACUCGGUCCUGGAUGUUGUGCGCAAAGAAUCGGAAAGCUGUGACUGUCUGCAAGGGUACCAGCUCACGCAUGCUCUAGGCGGUGGAACCGGAUCGGGCAUGGGAACCCUGCUCAUCAGCAAGAUUCGUGAGGAGUAUCCCGAUCGGAUCAUGAAUACCUUCAGCGUGGUGCCUUCCCCCAAGGUGUCCGACACGGUGGUGGAACCCUACAACGCCACUCUGUCCAUCCACCAGCUUGUUGAGAACACAGAUGAAACCUACUGCAUCGACAACGAGGCUCUCUACGACAUCUGUUUCCGCACGCUCAAACUGACCACGCCCACCUACGGAGACCUGAACCACCUGGUGUCCUCCACCAUCAGCGGCAUCACCACCUGCCUGCGCUUCCCCGGCCAGCUCAACGCUGACCUCCGUAAACUGGCAGUCAACAUGGUGCCUUUCCCGCGUUUGCACUUCUUCAUGCCGGGCUUCGCCCCUCUGACCAGCAGGGGGAGCCAGCAGUACCGAGCCCUGACCGUUCCCGAACUCACCCAGCAAGCGUUCGACGCCAAGAACAUGAUGGCAGCGUGCGACCCGCGUCAAGGCCGCUACCUGACCGUGGCCACUGUGUUCCGUGGGCGCAUGUCCAUGAAGGAGGUGGACGAGCAGAUGCUCAACGUCCAGAACAAGAACAGCAGCUACUUCGUCGAAUGGAUCCCCAACAACGUCAAGACCGCCGUCUGCGACAUUCCGCCCCGUGGCCUCAAGAUGUCCGUCACCUUCAUCGGCAACACCACGGCCAUCCAGGAGAUGUUCAAGCGCAUCUCAGAGCAGUUCACGGCCAUGCUGCGUCGCAAGGCCUUCCUGCACUGGUACACAGGUGAAGGAAUGGAUGAAAUGGAGUUCACUGAAGCGGAGAGCAACAUGAAUGAUCUGGUGUCCGAGUACCAGCAGUACCAGGACGCCACCGCCGAGGAUGAAGGGGAAGGCGAGGAGGAGGCUGAAGAAGAUUGA